ACAACGUAGAAGCAGUUUGCACCAUCGUCAUUCAUUCAUUCUUUCUUUCUUUCCGUCUACCAUUUCGAGGCUUCACAGUCGUGCAUCAUGUCGAGGCUUUGAAGCUUCCUAUAUAACUACUAUAUAACUACGUAGUUUCCACGCUCCACUCUGCAUUCUUCAAAGAGUGAAGGGAGAGAAAUGGGUGAAGGGGGGAUGUCUGAUCAUGGUGGUCGAGAGGGAGAGGGAGAAGAGAACAUGGCCGCUUGGCUUAUUGGUGUCAACAACCUCAAGAUUCAACCUUUCAUACAUCCUCCUCUUGGUCCCCAUGAUGCUAGGGUUCGCAUGAAAGCUGUCGGUAUCUGUGGAAGUGAUGUUCACUACCUCAAGACCAUGAGCUGUGUUCAUUUUGUUGUUAAAGAGCCUAUGGUGAUUGGGCACGAGUGUGCUGGGGUCAUAGAAGAAGUUGGGAGUGAAGUUAAAUCUUUGGUUGUGGGUGACCGUGUAGCUCUAGAGCCAGGGAUCAACUGUUGGCGUUGUGAUUUCUGCAAAAGUGGCCGCUACAAUUUGUGUCCUGAUAUGAAGUUCUUUGCAACACCUCCAGUCCAUGGAUCUCUUGCCAACCAGGUGRUCCAUCCUGCAGAUCUAUGUUUCAAGCUCCCUGACAAUGUGAGCUUGGAGGAGGGGGCCAUGUGUGAGCCCCUUAGUGUCGGUGUUCAUGCUUGCCGUCGUGCUGAAGUUGGCCCUGAGACAAAGGUAUUGAUCAUGGGAGCAGGUCCCAUAGGCCUGGUUACAAUGUUAGCAGCUCGAGCUUUUGGAGCCCCCAAAAUUGUUAUUGUGGAUGUGGACGAUCAUCGCUUAUCUGUUGCAAAGAAUCUUGGUGCUGAUGACAUAGUAAAAGUUUCCACAAAUAUUCAGGAUAUCACUGAAGAAGUGAUUCAAAUACACAAGGCUAUGGGAAGUGAAGUGGAUGCGACUUUCGACUGUGCAGGCUUUAACAAAACCAUGUCAACAGCUCUUAAUGCUACUCGUUCAGGUGGUAAGGUUUGCCUUGUGGGAAUGGGCCAUAAUGAGAUGACUGUCCCUCUCACUCCAGCUGCUGCUAGAGAGGUUGACAUCAUUGGCAUCUUCCGUUAUAAGAACACUUGGCCUCUUUGCCUUGAGUUUCUGAGAAGUGGAAAAAUUGAUGUGAAGCCCCUUAUAACCCACAGGUUUGGUUUCUCCCAGAAGGAGGUAGAAGAGGCCUUUGAAACCAGCGCCCGUGGAGGUAAUGCCAUUAAAGUGAUGUUUAACCUAUAAAUGCAGCAUCAUGUCAAAUGGUAUUCUUGUGUUAGUCUAAUUGUAUCUGUUGCGUGUUGGAAGCUCUUUUAUGUCAAUAAAAAGCAGGAAACAACCAAAAAAUAAAUUAAUAAAUGAGAAGCAGGGA